GAGAAUGACCCGAUUAUUGCAUAAGGAUACAAACACCAGCAUUACUUCACUCCCUUUUGUGGAUACCAAGGGGAAUAAAAACAUGGUUAACUUCCCACACAUCAGCCACAACAUCAUGCUGAAUCCACCUCUGCUGUAUACGGAGAAUCAAAAUCAGAAUCAGAUGCUGGCCUCUGAAGACAGGGCUUCAGAAAUGCCUUCCCUUUCAAGCGCCAACCCCCAAGAUCCCAAGUCCAAGGAGAAGCCACGAAGGAAGCAGAAGGUGCCUCUGACAGCGACAGAGGCCCUAAGGUGUUUUAGGAACGAACUGUCUUCUUAUGAGCAAAGUGAAAUCCUGGGCUACACAGAGCUGUGGUUCCUGGGGCUCAAAGCCAAGAAGCUCCACGUGGAUCCUGAGAAAUUCAGCAAGACGAGUUUUGAUGAUGAACAUGGCUCCUAUAUGAAGGUCCUGCAUGACCACAUUGCCUACCGCUACGAGGUUCUGGAGAUGAUUGGGAAAGGGUCAUUUGGACAGGUGGCCAAGUGCUUGGAUCACAAAAACAAUGAGUUGGUGGCUUUGAAAAUCAUCAGGAACAAGAAGAGAUUUCACCACCAGGCCCUGGUGGAGCUGAAGAUCCUGGACACUCUCAGAAGGAAGGACAAGGACAACACCUACAAUGUGGUGCACAUGAAGGACUUUUUCUACUUCCGCAACCACCUCUGCAUCACCUUCGAACUCCUGGGAAUCAACUUGUAUGAGUUAAUGAAGAAUAAUAGCUUUCAAGGCUUCAGUCUGUCAGUAGUUCGGCGCUUCACCCUCUCUGUUUUGAAGUGUUUACAAAUGCUUUAUCUAGAGAAGAUCAUUCACUGUGAUCUCAAGCCUGAAAAUAUCGUGUUACACCAGAAGGGCCAAGUCUCUAUUAAAGUUAUUGACUUUGGAUCAAGCUGUUAUGAGCAUGAGAAAGUGUACUCGUACAUCCAAAGCCGGUUCUACCGAUCGCCAGAGGUGAUUCUGGGCCAUCCCUACAACAUGGCCAUUGACAUGUGGAGCCUGGGAUGCAUCAUGGCUGAACUGUACACGGGCUACCCACUGUUCGCCGGGGAGAAUGAAGUGGAGCAGCUGGCCUGCAUCAUGGAGGUGCUGGGCCUGCCACCAUCUCACUUCAUUCAGACGGCCUCCAGGAGACAGACAUUCUUUGAUUCCACAGGUUUUCCUAAAAAUAUAAUUAACAAUAGCGGGAGAAAAAGAUACCCGGAUUCCAAGGAUCUCACGAUGGUGCUGAAAACCUACGACUCCAGGUUCCUGGACUUUCUCAGAAGGUGUUUAGUAUGGGAACCUUCUCUUCGCAUGACCCCUGACCAGGCUCUCAAGCAUGCUUGGAUUCAUGAUUCACGGAAUCUCAAAACAUGGCCCAGGCUCCAGACCCUGAGGAAACUCAAUCUCCCUUUAUCCUCUGAGGCAAGAAAAGACAAGGUUCAAGGGCAUCACCAUUUGGAUAAAAAAGCAGAUGUGAUUAUCAAAGAGACCAUACACAAAAUAAAAGAUGGCACCACCAAGCAGUUUCAAAAUUCAGGUGAUCAGCAGGGCUCUCUCCAGCAUGCUGCUGAAGUUGUCCAGCUGCCUCACCUAGCAGAAGCUUCCAGUAAACCAGAGGCAGUUGUCAGGCCAGAGGAGUCCAAGACCUCCACAGAGCAACAAAGCAAAAACUCCUCCCCCAAGAACACAAGCAUUUUACCACCUAUUGUAUGACCUCUGCUGAGGGCGUGUCCUGUUCCUUUUCACCAAUGAUUUGUAUUAGAGACCACACUUAUAUUGUACAAUACAUAAGAUUGUUGUUUUUAAUGCAUAAAGGUUUGUUUAAAAAACAAAACAAA